AUGUCAAAGCCUCUGUAUGAGUUUCCCCCCAACGCUAAUGUCGUUAAAGGUCCUCAUGCCCAUAACUCUCUCAUCAUUCAAGCGACCAAUGUGGCGUUCUCUGAUGAAGUCCCAAGGCAGUUCGCAAACUUAGGAAUCGAAGACUUUGCCAACCCUUUCAAGAGAUGUCCUCUUCGGUAUACCUUCUAUGAUUUCCCAUACCCAUUCUACCCUAAAAAAGUAUGCAUGUUCUACUAUUCAUGCGUUGUUGAUUCUCAUGCUCGAACCAUUACUAGAACCAUUGGAUAUGGAUGGAAGUAUUUAACAGUAGUCAUUGGCAAAUGUAUUGGACACAAGACUGGGAGUUUGGAUCAACUGAAUCUCUUUGAACAAAGGAUCUUAUUUUUUAUCAUGUACAACAAAAGACUAGAUUUUGCUCAACUUUUUAUUGAUCAAGUGAUUAGCUACAUCAUUGGGAACAAGAAGCCAGUGAAUGUUCCUUAUCCAUGUUGGCUUAUAUUGAUCUUAUCUCAUAAGGAAGGCUAUGUUGAAAUUCAUGGGAUUAUAAUUCCAAUUCCUACCCUUUCUUUAAAGAUUACAAAUGCUACUCCAUAUGAAGGUGAGUUUCCUAUUACUAUGAGGAUGCAAAAAUGGAUUGAAAAACCUUAUGUGGUUGAAUCUUUUGACUCUGAAGAGGAUAAUGGAGAUGAUAGAAAAAAAGACACUGAUGAAGAUGCUGCUAAAGAGAAUGAUGAGUAUGAUUAUGAAGUAAGUGUUGGAAAUAAAGAAGGUGAUGAUGAAAAAAACUCUGAUAAAGAUGAUGAAGCAUCAACCACUGAUAAGGGAGAAGACUAUGCUUAG